AGUACCGGAGCGCGUCUCUCGGCGGCGCUGUGACUCUCGGCGGCUUGAAGCGCAGCGGCUGGUUGAGGCCUCGAUGCUGCCGAAGGAAAAGCGACACAGCCGCGUGGAGCGAGACAGAUUUCAAUCUUUAAUCGUUCUUAAAAGUCAUUUAUAAUCAAGUGUAAGAGACUGUAAUAAUAACUGUAAUGUCUCGGUACAUGAGGCCGCCGAAUAGCUCUCUGUUCGUCCGCAAUAUUUCCGACGAGUCCCGGCCAGAGGACCUGCGCCGAGAGUUCGGCCGAUACGGGCCCGUUGCUGAUGUCUACGUUCCCCUAGACUUCUAUUCUCGCCGGCCCAGAGGAUUUGCAUACAUUCAGUUUGAGGACGUCCGGGACGCGGAGGACGCCCUGCACAAUCUGGACCAGAAGUGGGUCUGCGGACGGCAGAUCGAGAUCCAGUUCGCUCAGGGCGACCGCAAGACGCCGGGGCAGAUGAAGUCCAAGGAGCAUCAGUCGCCUCGCAGCCACUCCCGAUACGAGGAGUACGAGCGGCGCAGACGCUCCCGCAGCCGCAGCAGACGCAGGUCACGCAGCCCGUCCUACGAGAGGCGGCGCAGACGCUCCCAGAGCCCUAGAGACAGGUCCAGAGGAAGGACACGCAGCAGACGCAGCCGCAGCCGAGAACACGACAGGCACCACCACCGCUCCCGCAGCCGGAGCCCCUCACACUCGAAGAGCAGAGCUCGAUCCCGCUCCGGGUCCAGAUCCACCAGCGAGCUCCACGCAGAGACCCAGGACGCUGCUGCGGAAGACAAGACACAGCCCCGCUCACGCUCCAGGUCCCGCUCGCGCUCUUGGGCCGGACGCAAGUCCUGGGGGCAUUAGAUCCGGCGGACGACAGGCUCAGUGACGACUGGCUGGUUUUUGUUUAGGUUUGGUGGGUUGGGUGCAGAAGGUCAUUAACCUGCUCCUUUCUCUUAAUAAGCAGAGGGAAUCAAACUAGCUUGUUUUAGCUCACGCGUCUGUUAAAGUGUUAGCAUUGAAGAUAUCUGCGGUUUAGUUUACAAGCGCAGCUGCAUUUGCCUAGCUGUGCAGAAUGAGAGAUGUAAAUCGCUUCAAUGUUUUUGUAAGAGAUUUUUGUUUUAGUUGAGCAGUAAUGGCCAUCCAUUUGAAACGGUCUUCCAUGAGUGUCUCGAAUGUGUUUUAUUGUGAAAUCUGCAGGCAUUUUACAUGUAACCUCAGAAUGAAAUAAAUUUCUUGUGCAUCA